AUGCUGGAGAAGGCGUGGGUUAAUUUGUCCAGACUUGAUCCUGCUUAUGAAAAGGGUGCAUGGGACUUUGUCAGAGCUGUUUCUGCCGUUAGAGGAGAUAGUCAGUUGAUCAUUUGCCCUUGUAAAGACUGUCGCAACGUUGAUCGUCAUUCAGGCAUUGAUGUAGUUGAUCAUCUUGUGAGGCGUGGAAUGGAUGAAGAUUACAAGCGGCGUAAGGACUGGUAUCAUCACGGAGAGUUGAGCUCAGUGGAGGCUGAAGUAGGGAUGAAAGGAAAUCAGUUAAACGACGAGAUUGUUGGGUUAUACAGAGCUGCUGACACUAAGUAUGGCUGUUCUGGUUUCUGCGAGAUGGAAGAGGUAGAAGACAGGAAAGAAGAUGAGUUCUUGGCAAAGAUAGUAGACGCCGAAACACCAUUAUAUCCAAACUGUGCAAACCAUAGCAAGCUCUCUGCCAUCGUGUCAUUGUUUAGAUUGAAGACUCAGAAUGGCUGGUCUGAUAAGAGCUUCAAUGAUAUACUUGAGACAUUGCCGAAGAUGUUACCUGAGGAGAACGUGCUUCACUCAUCAAUGUACGAUGUGAAGAAAUUCUUGAAGACGUUUGGUAUUGGUUAUGAAAAAAUUCAUGCAUGUGUCAACUAUUGCUGUCUCUUCAGAAGAAAGUUGAAGAAGCUUGAUAAUUGUCCCAAAUGCAAGGCUUCAAGGUGGAAGAUAAACAAGCAGACUGGUGAGGUGAAGAAAGGGGUCGCGCAGAAAGUAUUAAGGUACUUUCCAAUUAUUCCGAGGCUGCAGAGGAUGUUUAGGUCUGAGGAAAUGGCGAAAAACUUAAGGUGGCAUGCUAGUAACCGUAGCACCGAUGGAAAACUCAGACACCAUGUAGAUUCAGUGACAUGGAAACAAAUGGAUGACAAAUAUCCUUUAUUUGCUGCUGAGGAGAGGAAUAUUCGACUGGAAUUAUCUACUGAUGGAUUUAAUCCUUUCAGCAUGCAGAACAGUAAGUAUAGUUGUUGUCGUGUUGAGAAUAUCAUGCUCACCUUGCUCAUUCCUGGUCCACAGCAGCCUGGUAACAGCAUUGAUGUCUACUUAAAGCCUCUAAUAGAGGAUCUAAACAAGUUGUGGAGCCUAGGAGAGUCGACAUAUGAUGUGGUGAGUAAAUCUGUUUUUACUCUCAAGGCAAUGCUUCUGUGGACGAUUAAUGAUUUCUCAGUCUAUGGAAAUCUAGCUGGUUGCAAAGUGAAGGAAAAAAUGGGCUGCCCUAGAAAAAGGACCGCCAUUGUUGAUGAAGAAAAAACUGUGGAAGAUGUUUCCAGUGAAUCAGAGGCAGAUGAAGAAGAUGAAGUUGAUGUUGAGGAGUUAUCUAGAUGGAAGAAAAUAUCAAUAUUUUUUGAACUGCCAUAUUGGGAGGACCUGCCCGUAAGGCAUAACUUGGACGUUAUGCAUAUAGAGCGAAAUGUUGGAAAUAGCAUUGUUUCCACAUUACUGCACUGCGGGAAAUCAAAAGAUGGACUCAAUACUCGUAAAGAUCUGGAACAUCUUGGAAUUAGGAAGGAUCUUCACCCCAGCAUCAAAGGAAAAAGAACGUACCUGCCAGCAGCACCUUGGUCGUUGUCAAAGUCUGAAAAGAAAGUCUUCUGUAAGCGUCUUUUUGAUUUCAAAGGACCUGAUGGAUAUUGCUCAAAUAUAUCAAGGGGCGUUUCAUUAGAAGAUUGCAAGGUAUCAGGACUCAAAACACACGACUAUCAUGUUCUGAUGCAGCAAUUACUCCCGGUUGCCAUCAGAGGUUUAUUACCAAAAGGCCAUAGAUUAGCAAUACUACGCAUGUGUGCAUUCUUCAACCGCCUAUGUCAGCGUGUAAUUGAUGUUGAGCAGAUUUCAGUAAUGGAAACUGAAAUUGUAGAAACUCUCUGCAUGUACAUGAAAGUACUGAAAGAAUAUGUUAGAAACACCGCGAGGCCAGAAGGAUGUAUUGCUGAGUCAUACCUAGCAGAAGAGUGCAUGCGGUUUUGUAGUGAGUUUCUUAAGAAGACAACAAGUGUAGAGGAAAAAAUAGAUAGGAAUACUGAUUAUGAGAGCCAGUUAAUCCUAGAGGGACGACCAAUAUCGGCAGCCACUUCAGUUAAUCUGUCUGAAACAGAGAAGAUAAUUGCCCACCUCGCUGUCAUUCAGAAUACGUUUGUGGUUGACCCCUAUGUUGUGUAA